AUGGCUGCCCCGGACAGUCAAACGGGCACGCCGCCUAACCCGAAGCGCGUCAAGGCCGGAAAAGACUCUGACGCCGCUGAAUACUGGUGCGACAAAUGCAAUCGCUCCUUUGAGCGUUCAGAUCACUAUGCUCGCCAUACGAAGACUUACGCCCCUAUCGCUGCCCUAUUUGUCCCAAAGCCUUCAAUCGGGGUCAAGGAUGCUAAAAACGCCUCUCAAUGGAACCAACCUCCGGAAGUUAUUCCCACUCCAAAUCUUCCGCUGGCCAUUUCAAAUGAACAUGACACAAGUUUUGGUGUCUCAUCCCCGCCGGCCACAGUGGAACCACCGCAGUCACUCGAAUCCCAUCAACAGGUGGUGAUACUAGACGAUGCAACAGCUAUUUCAGCUGCACCACUAGACCCUGCGCUUGGAGUUGAUUGCUUGGCAUCUCCCUAUGUAAAUGGAUUUUCUUUCACUGAUGGAUUCUUGCUUCCGCCCGCGACGGGCGAGCUGGAUAGUGGGUGCUUCGAGCUGGACAUCGACACCCUUCAAGCUUUGAUGCAGCCUGUCCCAAAUGAUAUACAACCGUCUGUCCAGACUGAAGGGAGUGGACCAACGCAUGCUAGCCCAGCGUCAUCGCGAUUCGAAUUCUUCAAGCGAUCUCCCUGGUUAUGGACGCCAGUGCAUGUUGACAAUGCAUAUGCCGGCCAGGACAGUUUACGCGUCAAUGAAAAAGCUGUCGACUCGAUGUUGCGCAGAAGCCAGCAGUACUCCUUUACUGGGAAAUUCACACCAACAGUAGUUGAUUCUAGCUGUCGCGACCGGAUACUCUUCAUGAUCUACAGCACUCCACACUCCACUAUCCCGCUACAGGCCUUCCCCUCGGAAUCAUAUUUGGACCAGCGAUCUCGUCUCUUCCUCUCAGCGUCCAUUGAAAAAGACAAUAGUCGAGUUCGAGACCUCCAGACUAUCCAAGCAUAUUUACUCUGGGUCUCAGUCAGUCUGUGGAGUGGAUUUAAGCGUAACAUGGAAGUCGCCGAGACAUUUCUAUCCGCGCCUGUGACUAUGCUUCGACGCUAUGGGUGUUUCUCACGCGCGCUAUAUUCUCAGUCCAUUUACCCUCGGCUGGAAGACGAUGUCCACACCACCGAAGCGAAAUGGCGUGCAUGGAUCAAACAAGAAUCACUGAAAAGGACGGCAAUAUUUGCUGUGCUAACUGACCUCCGGUGCUCGAUGGCGUACCUCAAACCACCCAAUUGCUCAGUCACGGAGCUUUCAUGCCCACUUCCCCUUGCGCGGGAUAUAUGGUUAGCGCCAUCUGCAACUGCGUGGAAGGACACUAUUCUAUCUUACGGAAUGACGUUUGAAGAAAGCCCUUCCUGGCUAGCAAUUGCGCAGAAUCCAUCCGUGCUUGACAAUUUGCCUAUCUACUAUGACAAGACCCUUAUCGCGAUGGUAGCGAUGCAUGGCUUUUGGUCUCAAGUCUGGGCAUAUCAAGAAUCCCAACGAUUUUUCCGGGCCAGCAGCCAACUCUCCGUCCAAGCAACAACCAUACUAUGGCUAUCCUGUCAACAUGAAGAUCUGGUAAAACGUAUCGGAGUCGCACAACAAACCCUGUCAUCCCAGGGACCCGAUCCUUCACAUAUCCAGAUCGUGGCAGAAUUCUGUUUGAUGGCCCUCAACGUCUCGCCACGUGAAUUGCAACAAUGGGCAGGAAGGCUUGGGGAAGAAGAGGCCGCAACUACCCACCAUCUCCUGCGAGAGUGGAUGGUCGGGCCAGAAUUCAAGACGGCUGCCUGGCAUGCGGGCCAGAUUUUGAGGAUUGCUAGAUCCGUACCUGCCGCUCAAUUACGCGAGUUCUCAGCAGUCGUGGUAUACCAAGCAAGUCUCACGUUAUGGGCAUAUGGACUCUUUUCAAUAAGCAUGAACAGGCUCGGCUCACCCCAAUUAUUCCAAGGCACGGCCUACCAAGGGGAAGGCUGUCAAGUUCUACUAGAUGGCCCUAGCACCGCUGAUACCACGGCAUUUGUGAUGUUCGGCAAAGGCAACCCGGGGAUGUCGGUGGGACCUGAUCGGCUGUUCUGCCCAUUAACAGAUAUCCGAACUAUUAUGACUGCCGCAUGCGAUGUCUUGCGGGACAACUUCAACCCAGAGACGGAGACAUUCCCACCUCUCCUUGAAAGUAUGAUGAAUUUGAUGACGGAUUUGGGGAACAUUGACACGGCUUCUUUCUGA